AUGAAAGUCUCUUUGUCUUCGUGGCUCGCAGCAGCCUGCCUGUUUGUAACAGCUCUUGUAUUCCCUCAAAUCGGCGCCGAGCAGCUCAAGACUUAUCAAGAGUACACCAAGCGAAGCCCUGCAGCAUGCCCUUACUCCGAAGAGAAGAGGGAUACAGGCGAGUGCCCCUUCGCGAAGGAGAGGCGAGCUGCAAAGUUCGAGGCCAAGAAACAGCGCAUUAGCGUUUCUAGCAAGCAUGAGUUCCUACCUCCCAAUCUCAAAGCAGGUGAUCAAAGAGGACUCUGUCUUGGACUCAAUGCCUUGGCCAACCAUGGCUACCUUCCGGGAAACGGUGUCGCAGACAUGCAAACCAUCACCAAGGCCACUAAAGAGGUCUACGGCGUGAGCCUUGACCUCGGUGGUUUCCUCGCAGUCUAUGGCACCGUCUUCAACGGCAACCCAGUCUCCCUUAACCACGGCUACUCCAUCGGCGGUCCAAGCCGCUUCAGUCAGAAAAUUCUCAACGGUAGCGGUCUUUUCGGUACUCCAUCUGGCCUAAGCGGUAGUCAUAAUAAGUAUGAGCCUGAUAUCAGCGCCACGAGAGGAGAUCUCUACGUGACUGGCAACAACUACCACGUCAUACUCGAGCGCUUCGAGGAGUACUGGAGUGCCAUUCGCGAAAAUACUCCUGCACCUGAGCAACACUCUGCUCUUGCAUCCUUCCACUACCAGAGCUUCCAGGAGUCGGAAAAGACCAAUAGUCACUUCUUCUAUUUGCCUUUUUCUAGAGUCUUAGUCUCACCUGCUACGUAUUCCUUCCAUCCUCGCAUGAUAGCCAAUCACUCCGAUAAAUAUCCUGAAGGCUAUCUUUGGCGUGAGAUCUUUACCAGUUUCUUUGGUGUCAAAGGCAGCAAGCCUGGCAACUUCAAAGUCAACCAAGGCUGGGAGCGUAUCCCGGAGAACUGGUACCGCCGACCUGUCGAAGACGAAUUCUCCAUUCCUGACUUCCUCGUCGAUGUCUUGGAGCAUGCUGUCAAGCAUCCUUGUCUGUUGAACAUCGGCGGCAACACCGGCAAGCUGAACUCCUUCUCGGGCGUCGAUAUCGGCGAUCUCACUGGUGGCGUCUUCAAUACUGCGAUGCUGUUGAAAGGCGACAAUCUUGAGUGUUUUGUUAUGCAGAUCAUCAUGGCUGCUGCACCUGAUGUUCUUGGAAGCCAGUCCACUGAUGUGACCAAGGCGCUGACGCCGUUGGCGGACAAGCUUCGACAGCUUCUUGCUAGGAAGACUUGUCCCAAGCUGCAGAAGGUCAGCACGAAGUUGUUUUUAGAAGUUCCCUGGUUACACUGA